GUCGGAUGAACAGAGUUUAUAAAAAAGCUCUGAACACAAACUAUAAGAAGUGAUGGAUAUUGAAGAGGAGUUUGAGGACGACACAGGGGAUAGAGCGGGUGUUCUGCAACAAGAGGGUUGCUGGUUCGAAUCCCACUCUUUCCCAUCUGCAUGCCUAAGUGUCUUUGGCAAGAUACUGAUCCCAAAAUUGGCCCCUCAUAAAUGCUGAGUGGACUAAAAAUCUGUGCAGAGGGCAGAAGAAGAAGCCUCAUCCGGAGUGUGUUGGUUUGAUUCCCUCAGAAACAGAAGAUCAACGCGAGCAGAGAUGUAUUAUUAUCGAUAUGAAAACACUGAGGUGAGCUGCUGCUACAAAUAUCUCAUGUUCAGCUACAACAUCAUCUUCUGGCUGGCUGGAGUCGCAUUCAUCGCGGUUGGUUUCUGGGCCUGGAGUGAGAAAGGCGUCCUCGUGGACCUCACCCAGGUGACCCGGCUUCAUGGAUUUGACCCCGUGUGGUUGGUCCUGGUGGUCGGUGGAGUCACCUUCAUCCUGGGCUUCGCUGGCUGUGUGGGAGCUCUCAGAGAAAACAUCUGUCUACUUAAGUUUUUUUCAGGCGUGAUCGGCUUCAUUUUCUUCCUGGAGCUGACGGCGGCGGUGCUGACGGUGGUUUUUCAGAGUCAGGUCAGAGAUUGGAUCAACGAAUUCUUCCUGGCGAACGUCAAAGCGUACCGAGACGACAUCGACCUGCAGAACCUGAUCGACUCGCUGCAGAAAAUGAACCACUGCUGUGGAGCUCAGGAACCCGACGACUGGGAACGGAACGUUUACUUCAGCUGUAACGGAACCCAUCGCAGCAGGGAGAAGUGUGGAGUCCCUUUCUCCUGCUGCGUCACAGAUCCAGCUGAUUCGGUGGUGAACACUCAGUGUGGUUACGACGUGAGGGGCCGACCAGAGAGUGAGUGGAGUGAUCACAUCUUCACUAAAGGUUGUAUCACAGCGCUGGAGGACUGGUUACCUGGAAACCUGUACACGGUGGCCAUCGUCUUCAUCGUGAUCUCGCUGCUGCAGAUGGUUGGGAUCUACUUGGCCAGGACGUUAAUCUCCGACAUUGAAAAAGUCAAACUGACCAACUGAAGGCUCUGUUGAUGUGGGCGGGGCCUACAUCAAGGGGGGCUGGCUUUACACUAGGUGUAAUUGACCAACUUCCUGUGCCGCCCUCUCUCUCUUCCUUUUGUUCUUUUCUUUCGUCUUCAGCCUUUUUAAUUGCCUCUGUGAACUGCCACCUGAUUGGCUGUUCCGGUGCCUUAUUCAGGAAGUUGUCUGUUAUGAUGACAUACUCAGAAUCAGGCGAAUACACUGAAACUUCAAUAUAAAAGCACACAGCUAAUUGGUAUUUUCAUGAUCGGGUUCAAGUGUUUCCUCUAAAAACACAACGAAGAACAGAAUCCGGAUUUUUGAAUUGAUUGAUUGUUGCAGUUCUCACUGAACAUAUGUAGUAAAUACUGAAUCAGUGUGUACUUCAUACUCUACUUACUACAUAUAUAAACAGUUUUAUAUAGUACAUACUGUACUUAGUAUAUACAGCACAUAGUACAUACAUUUUAUAUAUAGUACAGUAUAUAGUAAACGUGGUAUAGUAUGUACAGUAUAGUAGAGUACACACAGUAUUUACAGUACAUAGUAUAUCAGUAUGUAGUCGUCAGUAGAACUCCCAAACAAAAUCAAAACAGUAUGAAUCAGAAAUCAUUCAAGUCAAAGAUGUGAAUACUUUGAAUACAAAGUUUUGUUGAAUAAACUUUUCAGGAUGUUUUCAGCUUUAAUUCUUUCAACUGUUUUCUGUUGGUUUUCAUGUGUCCGUGUUUAAACACAAGGGGACUUUUAUUCUGAAGGGAUUCUGUUUGUGUAAAGUAAAUUUGUACUUUUUUAUAUUUCUACAAAAUAAAAGUUUGUUCUAA